AUGUAAACCACACAUCAAACCGAUUUGGUCAACAAUAUCCUUUCUCUUCCCAAUAAUUUUUGACUCAUCAGAGAAUAAUUUGGUCUUCGUCUCUGCGCGCGUCUCUGUCUGUCUCUUUCAGAUUCAACUGGAGCAAGUACGAAACAUAAAUAUCAAUAAAUUAAAGGAAAAAAAAUAACAGUAGAGAAGAAGAACAUGUUUUCAACUCCUCGGGAGCAAAAAAAAUAAUUCAGCAAGAGAAACGGCGAAUAAGGUGGAAAUGAUUUGACGAAGAAACGCUUGGCUGAGAGUAAAAUCGGAAAAACAAAAUCUGUAAUUUAUUAUUAUCAGCCUCUAAAUCAAUGGGUGGUGGUGGCAAUCUCGUCGACGGUGUUCGUCGUUGGCUUUUCUUUCAACGUCGUCCUUCUUCUUCUUCUUCUUCCAAUAAUCACGAUCAGAUUCAAAAUCCCCCCACCGUUUCUAAUCCCAACGACGACGAAGAUUUGAAGAAGCUUACCGAUCCGUCUAAGCUAAGACAGAUUAAGGUUCAGCAACGAAAUCACUUACCUAUGGAGAAGAAGGGAAUACCUAAUGCUGAAUUCUUCACGGAGUAUGGAGAAGCAAAUAGAUAUCAGAUUCAAGAAGUAGUUGGCAAAGGAAGCUAUGGAGUUGUUGGUUCUGCUAUAGAUACUCACACUGGAGAAAGAGUUGCUAUCAAAAAGAUUAACGAUGUGUUUGAUCAUAUCUCUGAUGCAACCAGGAUUCUUAGGGAGAUUAAGUUGUUACGCUUGCUUCUUCAUCCAGAUGUUGUUGAGAUUAAACAUAUUAUGCUUCCUCCUUCUCGAAGAGAGUUUCGUGAUGUUUAUGUUGUCUUUGAGUUGAUGGAAUCUGAUCUUCAUCAGGUUAUUAAAGCUAAUGAUGAUUUAACUCCUGAGCAUCAUCAGUUUUUCUUGUAUCAGCUUCUUCGUGGUUUGAAGUAUGUUCAUGCUGCGAAUGUGUUUCAUCGGGAUUUGAAACCAAAGAACAUUCUUGCUAAUGCUGAUUGCAAGUUGAAGAUUUGUGACUUUGGUCUAGCUCGUGUAUCUUUUAAUGAUGCCCCUACCGCUAUUUUUUGGACUGAUUAUGUUGCUACUCGGUGGUACCGUGCCCCUGAACUCUGUGGAUCAUUUUUCUCAAAAUAUACCCCUGCGAUUGAUAUUUGGAGCGUUGGUUGCAUAUUUGCUGAAAUGCUAUUAGGGAAGCCGCUAUUUCCUGGCAAAAAUGUGGUUCACCAAUUGGAUAUUAUGACCGAUUUUCUUGGCACUCCACCACCUGAAGCCAUAUCAAAGAUCAGAAAUGAUAAGGCGAGGAGAUAUCUUGGCAACAUGAGGAAAAAACAGCCAGUCCCAUUCUCUAAAAAAUUCCCUAAAGCAGAUCCUUCGGCCCUUCGCCUGUUGGAACGCCUGAUUGCCUUUGAUCCAAAAGAUCGUCCAUCUGCCGAAGAAGCAUUAGCUGAUCCAUACUUUAAUGGUCUGUCAAGUAAAGUGCGGGAACCAUCGACACAGCCGAUUUCAAAGCUUGAAUUUGAGUUUGAGAGAAAGAAAUUGACAAAAGAUGAUAUCAGAGAGUUAAUUUACCGAGAGAUAUUAGAAUAUCAUCCUCAGAUGCUGGAGGAAUACCUUCGUGGUGGCAAUCAGCUCAGCUUCAUGUACCCCAGUGGGGUAGAUCGAUUUAGGAGGCAGUUUGCUCAUCUUGAAGAAAAUCAAGGUCCAGGAGGAAGAAGUAACGCACUUCAGAGACAGCAUGCUUCCUUACCAAGAGAGCGAGUUCCAGCAUCCAAGAAUGAAACAGUCGAAGAAAGAAGCAACGAUAUCGAGAGAAGAACAACAGCUGCUGUAGCUUCAACCUUAGACAGUCCCAAAGCUUCACAACAAGCUGAAGGUACAGAAAAUGGAGGAGGAGGAGGGUAUAGUGCGCGUAACCUGAUGAAAAGCUCUAGCAUUAGUGGUUCUAAAUGCAUAGGUGUACAAUCUAAAACCAACAUUGAGGAUUCCAUAGUAGAGGAACAAGAUGAGACUGUUGCUGUGAAAGUUGCAUCUCUACACAAUUCUUAGUGUUUUUCUUUUUCUGUUUAAUUUAAGCUAUACCCCAUAGUAGAGUUGGAGAAGCAAAAGUUUGGUUUGUCACUCUCACUCGGGGUUUGGGGUUUUGGUUGGUGUAUUUAAUAGUUCCGGGGAGACAUUGUAAAGAAUAUAUAAAACUUGGUAACCGAUGUAAUUCUUUGCUUUUGUAACCGGGUAGAUCAUUGGUUGAAACUCGAAAGUCGAAAUCAUGUAAAAAUUUGGAUAUAUUCUUGCCAGUUUUGUUACUUAUAUUAGUUAUAUUCCUGAAAAAG